AUGGGUCGCUUGUCAACUCAGAAGAUUCCGGAGGAUCUUGAACAGUUUUUCAAGUCCUUGAAGGCUUCUAAUUGUUCCGCGAAGUGGGAUUGGAAUAAGCUCAUCGAGGUAAUUCGACCAGCAAAUCGUAAUGGGAAAGCGUUUUUGGGCUUGUGUGAAGCAGGUGUAUUCCAUAUGAUGUACAGCAAAACAUCCAAAAGGGAAUCCAAUCUUCUCUGUAAAAAACUGCAUACAUCCGAUAUUGACUUACUGAAUUCUGUUGGUAUUUGUUAUGCGCUACAGUUGCUAUCUGGAAUUGCCUCCAACCGCAUUGAUAAAUUCAAGGAGACUUUUGAGCAGAUUGUAUCUUCGCUUCUGGACGCUAUUAUAACGGCUUUAAAAAUUUCAGAUUUUAAUGCCCCAGUUCUUCAGCCUCUUACUGCACUCCAAGAUACCAAGAAAAGUGUUCUUCCACGUAUAUCUCCCAUGAAUGAAACUGGUGUGACUAAUAUCCUUGAAUUGGCCCUUUGUAGAAUGUAUGUGCUAUCUAGCACUCUUCGUAGUUUACUUGAGCACGGGACUUCCGUUACUGUUCCUGUCAGCUUACCAUAUUUGUGCUCAGUGAUUGCUGCAGCAUUUUCUGUGAAUAUAUGUGAUGCGCGUCGAUCAUCUUUUGUUCUGAUAUCAUGCGCUAAGCAUCUUCUUCAUACAUUCAGUGUAAUUGUUCAGUCCUGUGGUGUCAAUAUUUCUCCUGCAGCGCCGUCUCUUUUCACGAGUAUGGUGUAUCAACUCGAAUGGUCUUCGAAUUUCGCUCGUUGUCAUCCUUCGGAGCAAUCCCUAACCUAUAAGCUGGCCGUUUAUCGAUGUAUUUCAUCUCUUCUAGAUGCCACGGUUCAUGUUGCAUCUCCCACUCUAUGCCGUCUUGCUAAUCGAGUUAUUUAUGAAGUCUCUUCCGAUAUUUCCUUCCCAGCUAGAGAGAACCUAAAUCAAAUGUUCAUCAGCAGUGGUGGUGACUUAGCCAUCUACGAACUACAAAUUUGCUGCACUGUGGCUUCUCUUCAUCUUUUGGAAGUUCUUUUUGUCAAUCAUCAUUUUAUUCUUAACUGUUCUAUAGCAGAAGGCGCUGAUUUUUGUGAUUACAAACUGAAGCAUGCAUUAUUAUCUUUAUCCUCGGAAGUAAAUGCUCUUGCAUCUCGACUUGUUUUUCUGUUGAGCAAACAGAAUAGACUAAAUUCCAUUGAAGAGGUUUUGAUUAGACCUCACUUCCUCAUGGCACUUAUCGAUACGGCUUCAGCUGUUGUAGACUAUGGAUUCCUUUUUUCAAGGUUUAAUGCUUUGUAUGAUCUAACGAAGUCUCUCCUGGCGCAUAAAGAUUACGACCUUCGUUUAACGGCUGAUAGGUGUUUUAGACAUUCGUUCAAGUUCCUUAAAUCAGAAACGCCAUGUCUCGCUAAUGAAAAGUUGUUCGUGUCAUCCUUUACUCAAACUGAUGAGACGAAUCCUUCUAUUCAGCCUGAAAAGGAAGAGACAAAUGCCACAUCUGCUGUGGAAUAUACAUCCAAAGCAGGUACACUUGUGGAAAAGGAAUCGACUUCACAUGUAUCUGCUAACUUUUAUUCAAAUGUUUCGGAGCAUCACAAGCCCAUGAAUUCAAUAAAAUCGAAUAGUAUCCCUGUGGAGAAAACCAUGAAACCCUUUUCCUCUGAAAUGAUGGAGACACCGAAGCAGUCGGAAAAUUAUGGAAAGAAGAGAGUGCGGUUUGAAGACACUCCCCCAAAUGCCUCGAAGAAAUCCUGUAUUGAAAAUAGGAGUAUUUUAAGGGCACCAACUCCAGCGAAGCCACCCAAACAGACUCCAGCCCCUGAAGAAAAUUCGGACUUAAACUUUGCCUCAAUUGAAGAGGCCUUGUGUACAUUUGAUGAUACUUUGUUGUAA